UUUUGUCAUUCAAAUUUCAACAGCCAUCUCCAUUAGGCCCAAGCAAGACCUGUGAAAGCUCUACCAUAUGAGUUCCUAUAGCCAACUGUGCUCACAGGAAUGGGGCAACAAAAAUAGUGAACAUCUGGAUGAGAGAAGGCAACAGCCAGCCAGAAGGUGGAGGGAACAAUGGUCAGAUGAGGGCAAGUCCAUCCCCACAGAGAAAAGGGAAGAGGCUGAAGGAGGAUUCACUAACACAAGCAGAAGUAAGAGUCCACGAUUCACUAUAAGGAAGGCUACUAAGGAUGACUGUGGGGAUAUUCUCCGUCUUAUCAAAGAACUCGCUACUUAUGAAAACAUGUCAAAUGCUGUAAAAAUAACUGAAAAGGAAUUACUUGAAAAUGGCUUUGGAGGUGAGCCUUGCUACUAUUGUCUAAUAGCAGAAGUCCCAAAGGAAAAUCUCUGUGAUGCUGAAAGCAAUAAAGCUGUAGGAUUUGCAAUGUAUUAUUUCACAUAUGAUCCAUGGAUAGGAAGAGCAUUGCAUCUUGAGGAAUUCUUUGUUAUGGAGCAGUAUCGAGGUUUGGGAAUAGGAUCAAAAAUUCUGAAAAGAGUAAGCCAGGAAGCAAUUGAUCAGCAUUGCAAAUGCAUGAAUUUCCUAGUCCUGUCCUGGAAUACACCUUCAGUUGAAUACUACAAAAGAAGAGGGGCUUUGGAUCUUUCAGAGAAAGAAGGCUGGCAUGUCUUCCACUUCAAUAGUGACACCCUAACACGCAUUGCAACUGAAACAUAAGAACCAUUUCAGCAAAUAAAAAUGAAAAAAAGCUCUUUUUA